GUGUAAAUGGUGGGGGAGGAGUGAUGAUAAAAGUGAAAAUUGAACGAAUAGAUGCGCAGUUGAAGAGAUUUUCGAGUGCUUUUCGUGUCAAAACAGUCUUCUAUACCAGUGUGUAUAAAGGCUGAUAAAAAAAUAUUAUAAUCUACGUCGCCAUUUUAUAUUUAAAUUCAUAAUCACGAUCGUUCGACGAUUUUGUUUCAUUUGUUUUUGAGAGUUCGCCGAGAAAACAACUUUUAUAAAAUCAUGAAGGCCAUGUACGGUGUUGUUCUGUUAUUAUGUUCCCUUGGUUACAUUUCCGGGGAAUUACAUUGUCAACAUAAAAGGCCAAAUAUACCAACGGAAUGGAUUGACAUGGUAAAUCCGUGCACGAAGAAGAUGGCAGAACAUGUUAAAGCUGAAUUGGGAGCUGCCGUUCAAUAUUUAGCAAUGGGGGCUCAUUUUUCUAAAGAUACCGUAAAUCGUCCGGGUUUGGCAAAUUUAUUUUUCAAUGCAGCAACUGAAGAACGCGAUCAUGCCAUGAAAUUUAUUGGUUAUUUAUUGAUGAGGGGUGGUCUUACAGAGAAAGUUCGCGAUCUUAUCAACCAAGUGAUUGUUCCUGAGAUUAAACAAUGGGAUAAUGGAAUUUCAGCUCUCCGCGAUGCUUUAAAACUUGAAGCCAAAGUAACCAAGAAAAUCCGUGAUGUAAUGAUGUCAUGCGAAGAUAACGACGAAUUCAAUGACUACCAUUUAGUCGAUUAUCUUACUGGGGAAUUCUUGGAAGAACAAUACAACGGCCAAAGAGAUCUUGCCGGAAAGAUUUCCACCUUGGACAAGAUGAUGGACAAACACGGAGCUCUUGGAGAGUUCUUGUUUGAUAAGAAACUUCUUGGUUAAAAAGACUUUUAAACAACUUUCGUUUUCUUUAAUAAAUAUUUCUUGUUUCAAUUUAUUUCUGUAUAAUGCAAUUUUUUUUUAUAGUUAUGUUCGAGUUUUUCAAUCAAUUUUCUUUUUUCUUUAAAAUAAUUAUACUGUGAUGGCUGUUUAAGGAUUAAUUACAGAAAUAUCAAUGUAAAGGUUAAUUAAGAACAAUUAAAGUUUUAAGAAAGUCAAUGAAAUAACUAUAUAGAUAGAUAUUUUAAGUACAUUUAAAUAGUUUGUAUAUUUCCAAUGUUUUUUGUUCUUUUUACCAAAUAAAUAGAGUACAUGAUUAUAAAAAGAAA